AUGGCACCGAAACAAUUGAUACUUGGUGUAGCUGCUGGUGUACUCUUGCUAACAGCAUUCAUAUUCUAUGUAGUUGCACAGGCUGAUGAAAGCUAUGGUGUUUUGCGGGGGUUCGAGGGUGCUGGAUUAUGGAGUGGUACUUUGCCUGGAAAUUGUCAAGGAGACGAUGUCUGUCAUAAGAUCAAAGCUGCACGGGCAUUUUUUAUAAUGGCAACAAUAGCAGCAUUUAUUGGUGCUCUCCUACUUCUAUAUAUUGUAUUUCGACCACAUCCAAAGGUUAUGUAUUAUGCAGCAAUAGCUAUGGCUCUUGUCUCUUUUCUGUUUGGAUUAAUCGGUUGGGCUAUCGGAGUGAGUGUACACAUUGUUGAUGACCGGAAAAUGGGAGCAGCUUCAGCAUUAGGUCUAAUCGGAUAUAUAUUCAGUUUAAUUGCAUUGGUAUUGGCAUUUGUAAUUGGAAAAUACGACUCUAUGUAA